AUGGAUUCGAGUCGAAGAGCUGUGGAGUCGUACUGGAGGUCUCGAAUGAUCGAUGCGGCCACUUCGGACGAAGACAAGGUCGCGCCGGUUUACAAAUUGGAAGAGAUUUGUCAGCUUUUGAGAUCCUCACAUGUCAGUAUUGUCAAGGAGGUUUCUGAGUUUGUCUUCAAGCGUCUGGAGAAUAAAAGUCCAAUUGUUAAACAGAAGGCUCUGAGGUUAAUAAAAUAUUCUGUGGGAAAGUCUGGUGUGGAGUUCAGGAGGGAAAUGCAACGAAAUUCAGUGGCAGUGCGCCAGUUAUUUCACUAUAAGGGACAGCCGGAUCCUUUGAAAGGAGAUGCCCUUAAUAAGGCUGUGCGGGACACUGCUCAAGAGGCUAUUGCUGCUAUAUUUUCAGAGGAAAGUAAUGCAGCACCAGCCGAUGAUCUUAACAGACGAAUACAAGGUUUUGGGAAUACAAACUUUGAAAUGUCAUCAGAAGAAAAGAAAUCUUUUCUUAGUGAGGUAGUUGGUAUUGGAAGUGCAUCUAUCAAGCAGGGACUUAGUAGUUUCACCCAAAAUCACUCAUUUAAAAAUAAUGAAAAUGGAAACUACAAGAGUCCAAAUCUUCAUAGAUCGUUGACCAUUGAAAGUGAGCCGACAGAUCGAUAUGAACCUGCUCAAUAUCGCAAUGAGACUCAAAGUAGUUUUGGGUCUUCAAAGAAUGUGGCUAGUGGACCCUGGAAUGAGGAUAGGUUAACCAAGACUGAAGUAACCAAUGAGAUUCUAGCUCAAAUUACAGAGAAAGUACGCAUGAAAGCAAUUUGUGUUCUUGAGUCAAUUUUGAGGAGAAAGGAUGAUGAGCAUUUUUCAAUUGUAGAAUCAUAUUUUAUUGACAACAAAGAUCUUGUAGUCAGAUGCUCCGAGUCUCCUCAGGCUUCUUUGAGGGAAAAGGCUAACAAGGCGGUCGCUGCAGCUCAAAUGUAG